AUGCUUAAGUUUCUUAUUUUGUUAUGUUCUAUAGCAGGAUUCAUUGGUGCUGUAGAUUUCUCAUGCUACACACAACCGAUAACUUCUGUAAUGCUUGGCGGAAAUCUACCACUUGGCGCUAAUAACCUGACUGAUGUCCCAAAUGGAACUAACUGCACAUUUACGUUUGUCAUUCCAACGAAUUAUGUCCUUCUUCUCAAGUUCUCUUGGUUACUUGCAUCAGAAAAUGAUUCUGUAAUCAUUUUUGACAACAACGGGAACUCAAGAUUCAGUCUCCACCAAUUUUCUUACCCAGUUUUUGAUAAGCAGCUCUGGAUGCCAGCAAAGAGCACUAAGGUUCAAGUUGUUGGAAAAUCAGGGGACAGUAAAUUCUUUAUGAGCUAUGUGUACCAAUCAAUUGACAAUUAUACAAAAGUCUCAAAAAGAACUGGAGAACCCAUUUCUUUACGAUCAAUGGCUGACAACACUUUCACAACAGUCACAUCUCUCUCGGCCGGAGAGAAGGUCGUAUUGACACCAGGUACAAGAGCUGGAUCUUCUGAUUCUCCACUCGUUCAGUAUUUCGUUUACGAUGGAGAUAGCAUCACUGGUGCCAAUUUUCUAGGAAGACUUUCAGAAUUGCAAAAAGUAAUGAAAAGUUCAACUGGUCAAUCUGUAUCAAUUGUUCGGUUUUCGGAAGAAAAAUCCGGUUCUUAUGUUCUUGGAAAUGAUGCAUCCGCUCUGAAUGGAUUUGGAGAGUACAAUGUUUUUGUCACAUCCAGAGGAAAUAUGCUGGCAAAUACGUUAAACGAUAGCACGACGAGUGUCAAAGGAACCGCAAACACUUUUAUUUGCGUUGACUGUUCAACAUUCUACCUUUCUAAACUUAGUUUUUACGAUUCUACUUCACUUUACAAGUACAUCACUUUACAAGGGCAGACACCAACUCAUAAACGGGAACAACUAAUUCAAUAUGACUCAAACACCUUGACUGCCAAUCAGUUCCCUCAAAUGCUGCCGACGAACGUCUUCACCAUGAAUAUCUAUAGGGGAAAAGCUGACUACAAUCUCAAUACAAUCAAUGAUGACACUGCAUGGAAGAGACCGUACGUUGGUCGCAAGGGGUACAUUUUCUCUCCAAGUCUUUGGACUUCUGCGGCAAACAAUUUCACCUAUGAGUUCCGUGACAACUCACAGAAUUUCAAUUUCACGUUGAACAUGCAAAAGAUGUCUUUCCCGGCUAGCAGUGACCAGAUGACACUAAAAAUUGGAUCAGGAAGUGGGACACCUGCAGUGAAUAAACAAUAUCCACGAGAUCAGACUUCCAAUUCUCAAGUGAUGGCUAAUGGAAACUACAUGCAAGUUGGGUUGUCCGCUUCUGUUGGAGCUGACGUGAGGCUAUCCUUUGAAAUUCAAAAAGGAAAUUCAGCAAAGGCAGUGGGAGUUUUGGUUACUAUUGUUCUAACUUUAUUUUAUAGUUUUUGA